AAAUGGUGUUCACCUCUGUGUAAACAAAAGAACUGAAUUAUUACAUGAAUUCACCGCAGAUAUGAUUAGUUCACGUUGGUUUUGAUAACUCUUUAGUUUUUAUGUUUCUGAUGUUCUGAAUGACAUUGGUGAUCUUCCGUCAUUUUGUACAUUAAUCGGACAAAUCAGUCAUGGACAGUGAAGUGUCAGACUUUGAACAGCCUCCCGGACCAGAGAGGACUCUGAUUCGGGGCAAUGCUCCGGUGUAUUGUGUUUGUCGCAGACCAGACAUCAACUGCUUCAUGAUUGGUUGUGACAGCUGCAGCGAAUGGUUUCAUGGAGACUGCAUUAAAAUAUCAGAGAAGACGGCCAAAACCAUCCGCGUGUGGUACUGUGAAAAGUGCAGAAGUAAAGACGAAACCUUAGAAGUCAAAUACCGCCCCAAGAAAAGCAGAGAGAAGGAAGCCGAGACAGACGGGCCUGAUACCCAGCCUGACACACCAGAUUUUAAGUCAGACGGACGGCGUGGGUCACGAAUUAAGCGCUCUGCUCGCAUGUGUGGAGAAUGUGAAGCCUGUUUGCGCACAGAGGACUGCGGGCUGUGUGACUUCUGCAAAGACAUGAAGAAGUUUGGAGGCCCGAAUAAGAUCAGACAGAAGUGUCGACUGAGGCAGUGUGAAGUGCGCGCUAGGAAAAUGUUGCGAGUGAAGGAAGAGGAGUACUCCAUGUCUAAGAGCAGAGACUAUCAGGACGGCCCACUGUCUGAAGAGUACAGUGAGAAUGAGCUGGAGCUGUAUCAGCAGUACUGCGCGGGACAGUAUGGAGAUAACAGCACGGGUUGGAAUAGUGAUGACGACGAUGGUUCAUAUGGAGAAUCGUCUCUGAGAAAGAAAGCUGUUAAGGUCAAACACGUGAAAAGAAGAGAAAAGCGAUCUGAAAAAUCUGAAAAAAAGAAAGAGGAGAAUAAAUCUCGGAAGCACAAGCCCAAGCAGAAGCACCGUGACCGGGUGAGACACAGCGAGCGGGCAGAAGUUCGAGACAGCGGAGGAGCCAGACAGUGCCUCGGACCCGGCUGUGUGGAAGCUGCACGCGCAAACUCCAAAUACUGCUCUGACGACUGCGGGAUGAAGCUCGCUGCAAAUCGAAUCUGUGAGAUUUUGCCCCAGCGGAUCCAGCAGUGGCAGCAGAGCCCGUGCAUUGCAGAAGAGCAGGGCAAGAAGUUUCUGGAGCGAAUCCGCCGUGAGCAGCAGUUGGCUCGCAUGAGACUAACUGAGAUGGAGAAACGCUUUCAUGAGCUGGAGGGCAUUAUCGCUAAAGCCAAACAGCAGGUCGUGCAGUACGAUGAAGAGGUCAACGAGGGCGAUGAUGACACCGAUUUGCAAAUCUUCUGUGUGUCCUGCAGUCAUUCAGUUAACCCCAAAGUGGCGCUACGUCAUAUGGAAAGGUGCUAUGCCAAGUAUGAGAGUCAGACAUCCUUUGGCUCCAUGUAUCCCACACGCAUAGAGGGUGCUACACGGCUCUUCUGUGAUGUUUACAAUCCACAAAGUAAGACAUACUGUAAAAGACUGCAGGUCCUCUGUCCGGAGCACUCCAGAGACCCCAAGAUUCCUGCGGAUGAGGUCUGUGGGUGUCCACUGGUUCGAGAUGUGUUCGAACCCACCGGUGAAUACUGUAGAGUGUCCAAACGGAAGUGUAAUAAACACUACUGCUGGGAGAAACUCCGCAGGGCUGAAGUCGACCUGGAACGAGUGCGAGUGUGGUACAAGUUGGAUGAGUUGUUUGAGCAGGAGCGCAAUGUGAAAACAGCCAUGACGAAUCGCGCAGGCCUAAUGGCGCUCAUGCUGCACCAGACAAUUCAACACGACCCAAUUACCACUGACCUGAGAACCAGCAAAGACAGAUAAGAGAAAUGAAGAAGUCCUCCUGAAGUCGCCUCACGUUUGUGAAGAUUUGUCCGAUUUAAUCUCUUAGCAGUUGAAGAUUGAUUUAUUUAGUGUUUAUUUUCUGUACAAAUGUUUAAACAUUCUUAAAGGGAAAGUCCACCUGAAUAUAUUAAUUCAGUCAUCAUUUACUCACGCUUCACUUUUUAUAAUGUUUAAAACCGGUAAACGUUGACUUCCAUAUUUUUUAUUCUUACAAUGGAUAUCAAUGGUUACCUGUUUCUAACAUUCUUCGAAAUAUCUUCUUUUAUGUUCACGAAAAAAAAAAAAGGCUUGAAAUCACUUGGGAUUGAGUAAAUAGUGAGCACAUUUUUAUUUAUGUGUGAACUAUCCCUUUAAAUUGAUUAACUUGAGAGCAAAGUGAUAUAAUUUAUUCAUUUUUAAUGCAAAUAAAUGAUGAUGAUGAUAAUAAAUAAAACUAAUUUACAAUUAAAACAAGAAUUAAUACAUGCCAAUAGAGUAAAAAAACCUUUCUAAGCAUUCCUAAAACUAGAUUUAAUAUCAUUUUGUGUCUGAAGUAAUCAAUUUAAAGGGAUAGUUCACGCAAAAAUAAAAAUGUAUUUAAGAAUGUUCAAAUGUUUUUACUAGAAAAGAGCAAGGAUACUGUGUAAGAAAGAUAUUUUUAGCAGUGAAACUGAUUCAUAUACAACAGUCAUCAUGUUUCUGUGUUCGUGUAAUCGUUGGCUUUAUUCUUUGAAUGGUGCUGUGACAAUGUGCUGUGCUCACAUUUUUAGAUUUUUAAUCUCAUAAUCCUGUAUUGUGCAUUAAAAGGUAAACCCAA